UUUUAGCUCAGGUUACAGUGAGUCAAUCAACUCCCUCCUUCGUCGGACAUCAUACAACUACUACAUCACCCAGGUUCCCUCCAUCGGAACUUCUCAUCCCCCUACAGCCAUACAUACUAAAGACACAAUGUUACCACCAGCUUUGAACAUCCCCAAAUGGCUAGAAGCCAACUCGCAUCUUCUGCAGCCACCUGUAAAUAACUACUGCGUCUAUCAUCCGUCGUCUCCGGCUACCGCCGGAUACACGGUGAUGAUCGUGGGAGGACCUAAUGCCCGCACCGAUUACCACAUCAACACUACCCCGGAGUUCUUCUACCAGUAUCGGGGCUCAAUGCUGCUGAAGACGGUGGACACGUCGGUUACGCCACCCAUCUUCCAGGAUAUCCCCAUCCACGAGGGCUCGAUCUUUCUGCUACCGGCUAACACCCCGCACUGUCCAGUCCGGUUCAAGGACACGGUGGGAGUCGUGAUGGAACAGCCUCGAGCCAAGGAUGCAGUAGACAGCAUGCGCUGGUACUGCAAGGGCUGUGGAGAGAUCGUCUGGGAGAAGCGGUUCAUCUGCACGGAUCUCGGGACCCAGGUGAAGGACGUGGUUAACGAGUUUGGUGCGGAUGAGAAGAAACGUACUUGCAAAGCAUGUGGGACCAUUGCGCAGACCAAGUUCGAGGAAGGGGAACUUGUGCAGCCCCCUCCACACCCAGAAUAGGGUUCAUGUGGAUGAAAAUGAAACGAUACCCCGAAUUUUAAUGCCAUGGUGAUGUACAUUACAUGUAUGGCCUUGGUGAAGGCGAAUAAUGAGUCAGAAUGUUUCAAGUGCAAGACUGAAAAGCGAAUCUAUGAUUUGAUUGUGGUUCAAUUGAUGUGUGGUGCAUCGUGAACCUCACGGGUCUGAAUUAGGGUGCUCGCAGGCUAUAUAGUCAAUGGUUGAGUGUCUGAGUGGUGGCUUUAACCAAGGGGAAUAUGAGAGAGAAGAAAAGAUGAAGCGAAAGGAUACACAGAAGUAGCUGUCCUUCUCUGGACCAGCCGACA